AUGCUCGCGCGCGUCGGCGUCGGCGUCGGCGCGCGACCGCGCGGCGGCGGCUCGGGGACGGGACGCGCGACGCGACGCGCGGCGACGGCGACGCGAGGACGCGCGAACGGACGAACGCGCGACGAAACGCGCGGUUUUGGCGCGCGCGCGCGCGCGCGCGUCGCGGUCGCGAAGACGCGAGCGCGCGAAGGGGCGACGCGAGGCGGGACGCGCGGCGACGGGACGCGACGCGAGGCGACGCGCGACGACGACGACGCGAGGACGCGCGAUGCGGGCGGCGCGGACUCGGUGAAGGGCGCGCGCGGUGAGGACGCGCGCGAUGGACGAUUGCCGACGAUCCCGCGAGGGACGUACGCGUCGCUGGCGACGGCGCUCGUGGCGCUCGGUUUUCCGGCGCUGUUGAACAGCGUGAACGAACCGGUGGUGUCGCUGUUGGAGACCGUGCUCGUGGCCAGGGUCGGGACGGUGUUUUUAGCCGCGCUCGCGCCGGCGUCGGCGUUGUUCGGGCUCGUCGAGGAGGUGUGCUUCGCGUUUAGCGUCGUGGUGACGACGGCGGUGAGUUCGGCGCGCGCCGAGUUUGAAGACGUCGACGCCGCGGUGCCGGAACGCGUGAAACAGACGGUGAGCAUGAGCGUGAUGGCGUCGUUCAUCGCCGGUCUCGGGCUUGCGAUCGGACUGCAAGCGCUGUACGGACCCAUUUGCAAAAUUAUGGUGGUGCCGCGAGAGGUCGAGGCGCUGUUGCGCUCGUACACGGUGUUGCGGUGCGCGGGAUUGCCCAUGUUCGGCGCCGCAAACGCGCUCGAGGGGGUGUUUCUCGGAAGCAAAGACGCGCUGACGCCCAUGACCGGAUGGCUCGUCGCCGGUGUCAUCACCGUCGCGCUGCAGCUGUUCUUCAUUACACCGCAGAUGAGCGCAAACGCGGCGGUGCGUUGGGCGGGCAUCGCCCUCACCGUGGGUCAGACGUUCAUUUUCUUCUAUCUGUGGAAGAUUGCGCAUGGGCGCGGAUUAUUUUCAAUGCGAAGCGUGUUCAAGGGCGCCGAGAGCGUGGGCGCGGCGAUCGCGCGCUUGUACAGGCGUCUUGAGGAGGAGCACAUCGCGAGCGAGUUUCGGUGGUUGGUACUGAGCGCGACGGCGCGUAUGACGACGUACGUCAUCAUCACCUCGUGUGCCACGAAUCUCGGGGUGAUUUCUGCGGCGGUCAAUAAGACGUUGCUGGAUCUGUAUAUUUUAUUAGGGUUAUGUGCCGAGCCAGUGUUCACCGUCGGCAACGUCUUAUUGCCGAGGAAGAGACGCAGUCUCGUCGAGGUCUUGACGUACCGACGCGCGCUGUUUUACGUCGCGCUGUUCAUGGGGUUCACGCUCGCAUGCUUGGCGUACAUCCUUUGCGGCUCAACUUUGCUCUCGCACGAUCCACACGUCCACGCAGUGGCGACCUCAAUGCGGAGCUUGGUCGCGGUGACAAUCGGUUUGUCCACCGCGGCGUACGCCACCGACGGCUGCGUCAUCGGUCUCGGCGGGGCCAGCUUCGUCGGUGCGGCGCAGAUGAUCAACACAUCAAUAUUUGUGUUGGUUUUCAUCGCGUUCAGGACGAUUUACGGCGCCGCGACAUCGCUCCAGCACCUCUGGCUGGCGCUCUUGCUGUUCCAGGCGCUCCGCCUGGCGGAGCACGUUUGGAAAUUACGCCACGACGAGCGCGCGCUCGCGUUUCCUCGCACCGCCGCCUUGGCGUAG